GAGAUUAUGUAAAAUAAAAUGGCUGCGCCCAUGUGAAAUAAAAUUAAACAAAGAUAAUUCAUAAUAAUCAAUGAAAUAAACACAAAGUCCAUUCAAACGAUCUAAAUGGCUGCACAUAUGAGACAAGGUGUCCGAAGUCUGGCUCAUAGGCUGGAAGGGUUGUCUGUAAGAGGUCAUCAUGUGUCAGCAUCCUCUGGAUCUCGUCCCGCUGCUCCAUUUGCCAUCCAUCUGCAACAGUUUGAGGGGACCAGCAACACUUUUACAAGAGGGUACAAGCUCACUGACAUGUCACAACUGGUACCCACAUACAACUGCCUUUCAACUGUCAUUCCAGUAGAGAAAAUUGAUGUGUUUAAUCCUAACAAGUCCUACAACUGUCCUAAAACUGAGAAAAGUGCUGAAGUGUUUGAAGCACCAACUGGUGUUAAAAAACAAAUGCCUCUUGAAAUACCUGGAACGAGGCAAGUUGUUAUUGAGUCACCAGGGACUGCGAUAGACAAGCUGGCCAAGUAUCGUGUCAAUCUACGUCGUAGGAAAAUGCGCUUGCAUCGGCGACUUAAGCAGAGAGUAAAGAUCUGGCCAAAGCUCAGGAAGGUGAAAUUCCUGAAGGAUUUGAAAAAGAAGAGAAUAUUUGCGCUAAGGGAGGAAAAAUUUAACAAACUAGCUGAAGAUUUUGAUGCGAUGGAAUACAUAAUGAAGAACCUUAAUCAUGCAAGAACUAGUGGCUAUCAUGUUAAUGUGUUUAAAUCUAAAGUUUAGAAUAAAAUGUUUGAGUUAAAAGUUGGAAGUUUUAAAACAGAGCUCAUGUUCUGGUUGGUUAAAUGUUUGAUUAUGUUAAUCUUGAGUGUACUAAAGUUAGGCAACCCUCACACAUUUGUUUGUUACAUGUUUGAUUAUGAUAAUCUUGAGUGGUCAUAAGUUAGGCAACCCUCAUACAUUUGUUUGUUAGCAGUGACAUUAAACACUAAUGGCCAUGACUGUAUUAAGUUUUACAUCUUGAGUAAAAUGUUGUGUGAUUGUAUUCUGUUACUUUAUAUAGUGCUGGGUGAUCACUCAAUAUUACUGAAGAAACAGACAAUUGGGAAAGCACUUGGUUGGACACUACAAGCUAAACUUAAGAGGUUAUUUGCUGUAAAAGUUAAUUUUGUAUGGAAAUAUUUGUAAUAUUUAAUAAAAUAAAUCAAUAGUUACUGUAUUUGUACAGUCAUUGAAAUUUAGAAUAAAAGUUGAUUGAACAAGCUUAAAUGCUGUGUUUUUUCACUUUUAUGGGAAUGGUGGCAGGGUCUUUUGAUAAUGGGAUAUAAACUGUGUUUUGGCAAAAAGCGGAAAGAAUACUUACACAGUCAUAUAACUUUCAGCUUGUUUACACAGCUUUUGUUCAACAAACCUAUCACAUAUUCAUGAAUAGCACUCAAUUGAUACAUUUGCUAAAUGCUAAGGGAUCAAUGCUCAUCUAUGUUUUUUAUCAUUAUGGGGAUUUUUUUUUACCUGGAAAGAGCAAAAAUAUAUACUUUGUGAGGAGGGGAAUGGGAAAUGAUUAAACUCUGUACAUUCUUUCAUCUAUAAUGUUAACAAAACCACCUCAUUUAUAUGAACCUAUAACACAACCAAGAUUUGACUUGAUUCAGGUUUGCAUGCUGGAAAACUCAGUUGCAUGGGGAGGGCAAAAUCAUCAAAUUUAUACAGAUGUCCAAUUAAGCAAUGCAAUAAUGUUUUAUUUUCAUCCAAAGUGGAACACUUUGUCAUUAUGUGUGCAGGCAUAUAACACUUGACAUGGAUACACAAAACACUAUACCUUUGUAAACCAAAUGCUGGCAUUUAACACUUGACAUGGAUACACAAAACCCUAGACCUGUGUUAACCAAAUGCUGGCAUUUAACACUAGACAUUGAUACACAAAACACUAGACCUGUGUUAACCAAAUGCUGGCAUUUAACACUAGAUAUGGAUACACAAAACACUAGACCUGUGUAAACCAAAUGCUGGCAUUUGACACUAGAUAUGGAUACACAAAACACUACACAUGUGUGCACCAAAUGCUGGCAUUUAACACUAGAUAUGGAUACACAAAACACUAGACCUGUGUUAACCAAAUGCUGGCAUUUAACACUAGAUAUGGAUACACAAAACACUAGACCUAUGUUAACCAAUGUGAUUGUAUUCUGUUACUUUAUAUAGUGCUGGGUGAUCACUCAAUAUUACUGAAGAAACAGACAAUUGGGAAAGCACUUGGUUGGACACUACAAGCUAAACUUAAGAGGUUAUUUGCUGUAAAAGUUAAUUUUGUAUGGAAAUAUUUGUAAUAUUUAAUAAAAUAAAUCAAUAGUUA